AUGCAUCGUAUUAUAGAUGUCAUAAAAUUAAUAGGAAAAAGAGGACUUAGCUAUCGCAAUAGAAAUAAUGAAGCCGCUUAUACAUUAAAUGAUACCUCUUUGGACCAUGGCAAUUUUUUGGAAAUUAUUCUCCUGCUAAGUAAAUAUGAUGAAGUUAUAAAAUGUCACUUAGACAAGGUUAUAAAAAAGAGUACUAAGAGUCACAACAAAGGUUCUUCUCAAGGAGGUGGGGUUAUUACACUUUUGUCAAAAACCACUAUUAAUUAUAUUAUUGAAGCUAUCUGUCAAAAAAUCAAAUUUUUAAUGUCUGAAGAAAUUUUAAAGGCCGGUAUGUAUACCAUUCAACUGGACACAACUYWAGAUAUAUCUGUUGUUGAUCAAUGUUCGGUUAUUAUUCGUUAUGUCAGUGGCACUAAUAUUCACGAAAGACUAGUUGGUAUGGUCAAAUGUACUUCUAGUAAAGGAAUUGAUAUGGUUGAAUUAAUUUUGAAGGUUUUUAAUAGUUUGAACUUGGAUCCUAAAAAGUGUGUUGGUAAUGCUACUGACGGCGCAGCAAAUAUGCAGGGUGAGUACCGUGGAUUUUCUGCUCAGCUGAGUAAUGUAGCAAAUAAACAAAUACAUAUAUGGUGUUACGCUCAUGUUUUAAACUUGGUUAUUGGUGAUGUAACCAAUAAAAUUCUUCAGUCUAUUAAUUUAUUUGGAAUACUCAAUGGAUGUGCUGUUUUUAUUAAAGAAUCUCAUAAGCGUAUGGAUGUGUGGACUAAUAAAGAAAAGAAUAAACGAAUAUGUUCUAUAGGAGAGACUAGAUGGUGGUCUAAACAUAGUGCGUUAUCUAAAGUGUUUGGUCAUUUCAAACGUCCAGAACCUGGUCUAUUUGUGGAACUUUUAACUACAUUAAUUGAAAUUAAGAAUGACGUUUCUAUUACAGCUGAUGCUCGGUAUAAAGCAAUAGGGUUAAUAGAAGGAUUAUGCAAGUAUGAAACUAUUUUAACGGCACAAAUUUAUUUGCGGAUUUUUCAAAAAACCACGCCACUUUCUAAGUAUUUACAAGGUCAUGGAAUAAAUAUGAUGACAUCUUUUCAAAUGGUUCAGGCAACACUUGAAGAGCUUAAACUUGAUGCACGUGACUUCUCAAGUGUCAAGGAAGCAGMAGACAAUUUUGUUACUUGGGCAAAUAAUAAAUUAGAAGUUGAAGAAUGUGAAGUAGAAGUUAGUCAUAGUUUUCCAGAAACUAGGAAAAAAAAAAAAACAAGGCAAUUUUCCUAUGAAUCAACUGAUGAUCCAAUAGAUGACCCUCUGCAUGCAUUUGAAGUCAAUGUCUAUAAUUUAAUUCUUGAUAAAAUAAUAGAAAGUAUUUCAUCUAGAUUUUCAUUGCAUGGUCAACUUUUUGCAGACUUUUCAUACCUUGAUCCAAACAAUUUUAAAGUAAACAURCCUCUAMCUACAACAGCUUUGUCAAGCAUAUAUGAUAAAAUAGUUCAUUUUAUCCCAGAAAUCACUUAUGACACAUUAAAGGAUGAAUUUACAGACUUUAUGUCUAAGUGGAGUGAAUUCAAAAAGACAAUUUUUUGUGAAAAUUAUGACUACACUGAAUAUAACUCUGAUAACGAAUGUGAUGACAAUGAUGAAGAAAAAUGUCCCCAUACUGCAGCUGGCGACAAAUAUUGUGUG